AUAAGUUUCACAAAGGGUGAACAACAAAAAAACAAGAAUCAACGAGUCAGCUUUUCGCUAACAAAUAGCAUAAUAAGAAAGUAAGUUAUAAGACAGGGAAUCAAGUCAAAGAAAAUAAAAGACAGUGUCCUAAGGACAAAUUGUGAGGUACAUUAACAGUGAUUUGCAGGGAAUUUAUGGAGGUGAGAAGAGAUAAGAGUGUACAUGAAUAAUAGAGAAGUAAAGAAGGGCUACUUCAACUUCAACUGCCAUGGUCAGGGAUUCCUUGGAGUAGCAUUAAAGACUCUCAAAUACAUGUUCUCCCUUACACAUCACCUACAUCUCCCAAAAAAAUAAGACUCUCUAGGAAAAAAAAAAAAAAAAGAAAGGAGAAUGUGAACAAAAAUGAACCAGAUUUAUAAGCAGAAAGUUAUUUGAUUCUCUGAUGAUUUCUAAUUGAAGAACAUGGGCUCUUCUUCUUCUUCUCAGAUUCCCCACACGAUGAUUUUCUUCAUCAUUAUAACCAUUUUCUUGUUUUUAUCAUUACAAAGUACCCACAUUUUGGUUGCAGCAGAGUACUUUAAAGUUCACAGCCCAGAAAGGUUGGAUUUCAUUGAAGAUGGUCAAGACAACAAGCAUAUUCAAAAAGUUUCAGGAGAAGACGAAAAUGAAGAUAAAGAAACUUUAAUAUUACAAAAGUUUAGAGCUUUACUUGGACUAAGGCGCUCCCAAACAACAAACUCACCAGACGAGUUUCUGUCACCAGCAUCUUCUCCUUCAGUCACCAUAGAACUUGAGGCUCCAGCUCCUGCUCCUGCUCCUGCUUCAGUUUUACCAUUCCUUGCACAUUCUCAUUCUCCAUCACAUCACGCCAAUUCAAUCCCACCAGAACACAUGAUUCUAAAGAAGCACAAAGAUAAUGCCAGAUUUAGAAAAAUUCUUGCAGCAGUUCUUGUUUCAGCAGCUGCUGCUUCAAUUUUUUGUGCUCUUGGGCUCAUGUGGGCCUCUGGAAUAUUCAGAAAGAACAAAAGAAUAUCUGCAAAAAUGGUGUCGGUGUAUAGGAAGAAGAGAAGAACCAAAAGUAUAUCUAAGUAUUUAUGUUCCCAAAAGUCUGCGAGCAAGGUGAGCUUAAAUCAGGGUCUUGAUCUUUUGUAUCUUGAUUCACUAGAAAGGGAUUUAGAGCAACAUAAUACUUGUCUUAAACAAACUCCUGAAAUAUUGACUCCAUCACCAAAUCAUACCACAACAAAAUCUACAUUCCUUGGGAGGGAUGAAUCAAACCAAGAACUGAUAGUAAUAUCAGAAUUUGACAAUGUUAGUAGUUCUUCGACCAGAGAAAUUAAGUCUGUCCAUGACGAUUUAGAAUCUGCUAAAUAUGAAUCUGAUGGUGGAAACUCUUCUUCUGGGGAAAAAAUUAUUCCCAUGGAAGGUCAUUCGUCGGAUGAUGAAUCUUUUCAUUCUUUUGUUGAUUCGUAUUCAUCUAAUAUCCGGCUUUCCAAUGCUUCAGCUGGUAGUCUAACUGAUAUAUCAGAAAUUUCCCCUUCAUAUGUGCCAAAGUCGUUACCGUCUCCUCUGAUGACUUCUUUCUCAAAUCCCCAAUCUCCAAAAAAUCUGAAAGCUGAAAAUGUGUCAGUUUCCCCUCCUUCAGAUUCUGAUAAGAAUCUUGCACUGCCACUACCUCCACCCCCACCACCUCCGCCUCCACCUCCUAUGGCACCAAGUACACGCUUCCUACCUUUGCGAACAUCUUCCUCCUCUACCAGAAUUACAUCUAAAGGUACAUGUUCAUCUCCAAUGUCAAGUAUAUCAUCUCCUAGGAAGUCAGAUUCUUCUUCAGGAUCAAACCAUAACCAGGCACCUCGGAGUAACUUGUCUUCAUCCCCCAAGAAAUCUCCCAAUACCUUACGAGCUCCAUCAAGCAUCCCUAUUCCACCAUGUCCACCUCCAUUUAUGCCAGGAAAUAGUAGCUCCACCAAAGGCCCACCUCCUCCACCAUGCCCACCUCCAUUUUUGCUAGGAAAUAGUAGCUCUGCCAAAGGCUCACCUCCUCUACCAUGCCCACCUCCAUUUCUACAAGCAACUAAUAGUUCUGCCAAAGGACCACCUCCUCCACCACCUCCAUUUAUAAAAGGAAAUAGUAGCUCUACCACAGGUCCACCUCCUCCGCCAUCUCAUCUUCCUCAAUAUGCACCAUUGGGCAAAGAUGGAGCCCCAUUGCCAAAAUUGAAGCCCCUUCAUUGGGACAAAGUUAGAGCUGCACCUGAUCGUAAUAUGGUGUGGGACAAGAUAAGAUCAAGCUCAUUUGAGUUAGAUGAGGAGAUGAUAGAAUCACUUUUUGGAUACAACUUACAUAAUACAAUGAAGAAUGAUGAAGCAAAGAGCAAAAGCCCCUCUCCGAGCAAGCAUGUCCUAGAGCCCAAAAGACUACAGAACUUAACCAUACUCUCAAAAGCUUUGAAUUCAACUCCUGAGCAAGUGUGUGAGGCACUAAUAAGAGGGGAUGGAUUGUCUUUACGACAACUAGAGGCACUCGCAAAGAUGGUACCUACCAAGGAAGAAGAGGCUAAGCUUGCUGAUUACAAGGGAAACAUUAAUGAAUUGGGUUCUGCUGAAAAGUUUGUUAAAGUAGCACUUACAAUCCCAUUUGCCUUUCUAAGAGUUGAAGCAAUGCUUUAUAGAGAAACUUUUGAAGAUGAGGUGGUUCAUCUGAGAAACUCUUUCUCAAUGCUAGAGGAGGCCUGCAAAGAACUCAGGUCAAGUAGGCUUUUUUUAAAAUUACUCGAAGCAGUACUCAAAACAGGCAAUCGUAUGAACGUUGGAACCAUUAGAGGAGGUGCUAGGGCAUUCAAGCUUGAUGCGCUCCUUAAGCUUGCUGAUGUAAAGGGAACAGAUGGAAAAACUACCUUACUCCAUUUUGUAGUCCAAGAAAUAAUUCGAUCAGAGGGCAUUCGAGUAUCAGAUAGCAUUAUGGGAAGGAUCAAUCAGAAGAACAAAAGCAAAACAGUUGAAGAGCGGGAAGAAGAUUACAGAAGAAUGGGUUUAGACCUUGUGUCCGGUCUAAGUACAGAACUGUACAAUGUCAAGAAAACAGCUACAAUUGACCUGGACGUUCUUGCAAGCUCAGUCUCCAAUCUGAAAGACGGAAUGGCUAGACUGCAACAACUAGUACACAAAGACUUGACCACAGACGACACGAGUGGAAACUUUGUGCAUUCAAUGAAAACCUUCCUAAACUAUGCACAAAGGAAUCUAAAACAAUUACAAGAGGAUGAAGAUAGAGUCCUACUACAUGUUAGACAAAUUACUGAGUACUUUCAUGGAGAUGUGAGCAAGGAAGAAGCCAACCCACUCCGCAUAUUUGUGAUUGUGAGAGACUUUCUGGGGAUGUUAGACUAUGUCUGCAAGGAACUUAGGAGCAUGAAAGUAACUAACAGUCACAACCCUCUUGCCCCAUUUCGGUAGAUUGGAUUGCUUGUCUGUGUAGGAGGGUGUCAUCCAUUCACCAAAAAAAAAUGUUCUUGAUUUUGAUUUUUUAAUGUAGAGUUUUGUCUUGUUUAGAUUCAAUUACCUAGCAAUCCCUAGUAGCUGGGAUUAAGGAUUUGAUUUAGAUUCAAUUGAUUGCUUGGAGGAUUUGUAAUAACACAAUUAACUACAUUAUUAAUCAGAUGCGCAUAAAUCAAAAGUUCUCCAUA